AUGGGCGAGCGCAAGGUGCUGAACAAACACUACACGAACGACUUCGACCCGGCCAAGAUCCCGCGGCGGCGGCAGCCCAAGAACCGGCAGAUCGUUGUGCGCAUGAUGCUCCCGAUGAGCAUCCGCUGCGGCACCUGCGGGACGUACAUCGCCAUGGGCACCAAAUUCAACUCGCGGAAAGAGGACGCCGCCGGCGAGGCAUACCUGGGCAUACGAAUACACAGGUUCUACAUCAAGUGCACACGCUGCUCCGCCGAGAUCGCCUUCAAGACGGACCCCAAGAAUUCAGACUACGCGGUGGAGUCCGGGGCCAGCCGCAACUUCGAGCCAUGGCGCGAGGCUGACGCUGUGGUGGACAGGGAGAAGAGGAAACGCGCAGCAGAGGAGAUGGGCGAUCAGAUGAGAGCGCUGGAGAACAGAGCGAUGGAUUCCAAGCGGGACAUGGACGGACUCGCCGCUUUAGAGGAGACGCUGUCGAUGAGGUCUAUACAUGCCCGGGUCUCCGCUGACCGGAUGCUUGAGAUUCUGAACCAUUCUUCAUCUACUGCUCAUCACCAAAAUUUAAAGGAGGGAGACGAAGAACUCGUGAAAUCAAUCACUUUCCAUAACUCGGAAGGUUAUGUUAAGCGGAUCAAAGACGACAACGAAGAUUUUCGGUCAGACAUUAACGAGUCUUCUAAAUCAGUGCUAGUUCUUCCUCCAACAGAUGGCUUGACCAAAGCCAGUGGACUUGAGAGUGCCAACAGAGACGGGAACAAGAGGGUGGCAUCUAAGAUGCCGAAGUUCAUUGUAAAGGCAAAGCCCGCUGCUGCAAAUCCUCAGAAGAAACACAAGACUACUGAAGCUGCAGCUGCACGAGAUAGCGGUAAAGCAACAGUUGCAGAAGGGGAAGAUGAAGCUUCAGAAAAAGAGAAGACCAAUGUUCUUGAUUCCCUCUUCCAGUAUGACACCGAUGAAAGUGAUGACUGA